AUGCUGUGUUUAGGCGGUGCAGUCCCAGACGACCAGCUUCUAGUGCUUUCGCUUCUGCUCAUAGCAGUUUGGGAGGUGGGGAGCGGCCAGCUCCACUACUCUAUCCCCGAGGAGGCCAAACACGGCACCUUCGUGGGCCGCAUCGCGCAGGAUCUUGAACUGCAGCUGCCGGAGCUGGUUCCUGGUCUUUUUCAGUUGGAUUCAAAGGGUUUUGGGGACCUUCUGGAGGUAAAUCUGCAGAAUGGCAUUUUGUUUGUGAAUUCUCGGAUCGACCGGGAGGAACUGUGCGGGCGGAGCGCGGAGUGUAGCAUCCACUUGGAGGUGAUCGUGGACAGGCCGCUGCAGGUUUUCCACGUGGAGGUAGAGGUGAGGGACAUUAAUGACAACCCUCCCAUGUUUCCAGCGACACAAAAGGCUCUGUUUAUUCCGGAGUCCAGACUGCUUGACUCGCGGUUUCCACUAGAGGGCGCGUCAGAUGCAGAUGUCGGUUCCAAUGCUCUGCUGACUUACAGACUGAGCACCAAUGAACAUUUCUCUCUGGAUGUACCGCCCAACCACGAGCAGGUGAAACCCCUUGGGCUCGUUUUGCGGAAACCUUUAGACAGAGAAGAAGCUGCAGAGAUUCGCUUAUUGCUCACGGCCACCGACGGAGGCAAACCGGAGCUGACAGGCACCGUUCAAUUACUCAUCACCGUGCUGGAUGUCAAUGACAAUGCACCAGUUUUUGACAGAUCUCUGUAUACUGUGAAAUUGCCAGAAAACGUUCCAAAUGGAUCAUUGGUAAUCAAAGUCAAUGCCUCAGAUUUGGACGAGGGCGUGAAUGGGGACGUUAUGUACUCAUUUUCUAGUGAUGUUUCUUCAGAUAUAAAAUCCAAGUUCCACAUGGACACUGUGAGUGGAGAGAUUACAGUUAUAGGAAUUAUUGAUUUCGAAGAGAGUAAAGCUUACAAGAUUCCAUUAGAGGCACGUGAUAAGGGCCUCCCACCACUGAUUGGUCAUUGCACGGUUCUUGUGGAAGUUGUAGAUGCUAACGAUAAUGCUCCACAGCUCAAUGUCAAAACACUCUGGCUCCCUGUUAAAGAAGAUGCACAACUGGGGAAAAUUAUUGCCCUGAUCAGUGUGAUUGAUCUAGACUCAGGUAUCAACGGGCAGGUGACCUGCUCCUUGACUAAUCAUGUCCCCUUCAAGUUGGUGUCCACCUUCAAGAAUUACUAUUCUCUCGUGCUGGACAGCGCCCUGGACCGAGAGACCAUCUCUAACUAUGACGUGAUUGUGACUGCCCGGGACGGGGGCUCUCCCUCGCUGCUGGCUACAGCCAGCGUGUCCGUGGAGGUGGCUGACGUGAACGACAAUGCUCCUGCAUUCGCGCAGCCCGAAUACACGGUGUUUGUGAAGGAGAACAACCCGCCUGGUGCGCACAUCUUCACAGUAUCAGCGGUGGAUGCUGAUGCGCAGGAGAACGCGCUGGUGUCCUACUCACUGGUGGAGCGGAGGGUGGGCGAGCGCUUGCUGUCGAGCUAUGUGUCUGUGCACGCGGAGAGCGGCAAGGUGUUCGCGCUGCAGCCUCUGGAUCAUGAGGAGCUGGAGCUGCUGCAGUUCCAGGUGAGCGCACGGGAUGCUGGUGUGCCUGCCCUGGGCAGCAAUGUGACUCUGCAGGUGUUUGUGCUGGAUGAGAACGACAAUGUGCCGAUGUUGCUUGGAUCUGGGACGGGUGGGUCAGAUGGAGUGUUCAAUCAGCUGUUGUCUAGGUCCGUGGAUCCUGGUCACGUGGUGGCGAAGGUGCGCGCCGUAGAUGCAGACUCUGGUUACAAUGCUUGGCUGUCUUAUGAGCUGCUCUCAUGGCCAGGCAGCAUGCGCAGCCCAUUUCGUGUAGGAUUAUACACCGGUGAGAUCAGCACCACAAGGUCUUUGGAUGAAACAGAUGGGACUAGACAACGUUUGCUGGUGCUGGUAAAGGACCACGGUGAGCCUCCGCUGACUGCUACAGUCACCGUGCUGGUGUCUCUAGUGGAAAGUGGCCAGGCUCCAAAGACCUCGUCCCGAUCCUCUGUGGGUGUUACUGUGCCAGAGCCAUCUUUAGUGGAUGUCAACGUGUACCUGAUCAUCGCCAUCUGUGCAGUGUCCAGCCUGUUGGUGCUCACGCUGCUGCUGUACACAGCGCUGCGCUGCUCGGCGACACCCACUGGGGGCGCUUGUGGGUCUGGGAAGCCCAUGCUGGUGUGCUCCAGCGCUGCGGGGACUUGGUCUUACUCACAGCAGAGAAGGCAGAGGGUGUGCUCUGGAGAGGGCCCACCGAAGACCGACCUCAUGGCCUUCAGCCCCGGUCUACCUCCAUGUCCUGGAUCUGCAGAACCAUCUGUUUCUUUGGACUCCUCCGAGAAGCCCCGGCAGCCCAACCCUGACUGGCGCUACUCUGCCUCGCUAAGAGCAGGCAUGCACAGCUCUGUGCACCUGGAGGAGGCUGGCAUUCUACGGGCUGGUCCAGGAGGGCCUGAUCAGCAGUGGCCAACAGUAUCCAGUGCAACACCAGAACCUGAGGCAGGAGAGGUGUCCCCUCCGGUGGGCGCCGGUGUCAACAGCAACAGCUGGACCUUUAAAUACGGACCAGGCAACCCCAAACAGUCCGGUCCCGGUGAGUUGCCAGACAAAUUCAUUAUCCCAGGAUCUCCUGCAAUCAUCUCCAUCCGGCAGGAGCCUGCUAACAACCAAAUUGACAAAAGCGAUUUUAUAACCUUCGGCAAAAAGGAGGAGACCAAGAAAAAGAAGAAAAAGAAGAAGGGUAACAAGACCCAGGAGAAAAAAGAGAAAGGGAACAGCACGACGGACAACAGUGACCAGUGAGGCCACCAAAUGGAAACAAGCCACUUAGCCAGUUUUUGUAAUAAUGGCAAAUCUCUCCCAUGUAGCAACUCCCCGCUCCUUUCUCCUAUGACAUGAGCCCUCAGAAAUCUGCAGAAAGUUCCCUGUGUCUGUCUUGAUCGCAUUUAACAGGUUUUGUCUUAAAAAGCUUUCCUAAGUCUGGUGUUAACUCUCUCUCUCUCCACUCUGGCUUGUUUUCAGAACCUAAAAAGCAGACCCAGGUUUCCUUUCUCCCCCGCCGCAAAGGAGAAGCUUCCCAGCCCCGCCAGUGAGAGUUGGACUCUCUGCCCUGUGCUUCAAGCAUCCUGUCUUGAUGAUAUUUGCAGGGCAGGCUGAAAGGUAUUCAGGUUGAGCAGUUGGGUGUUUGUGGUCACUGGGUAUGUGUGGCUACCAAGAGUGUUGGAGAGCCUGGUAUUGGCUGGGAUGGUCCAGAUUAGACUAGUUAACACAAGGAGGGCUGGGGCUCAAAGGCACAUCAACACCGGGAGUCUUUCAUCUGGAGGGGGAAAAUGUGAAACUUACAAGGACCAGACUUUCUCAAUCUCUCAACUAGACAUAUGAUGGCCAUCCUCUAACAGACAAAACCAUCCCCACCGGCAAAGCUUUAGGAGCCCCUCAAGUGUGCUGGCUAUAACAUCACUGUAUUCAAAACCUGCAGUAUGCACACGAGCCAGCAGUUCAAGCGUUUAACAAGAGGGUCGGCCAGGGCAACAGAAGCAGAUCUGAUGUGUUUCCUGUACACGUCCUUGUGCUCACGCUAUUAAAAAUUCUUUUGCACACAAUGUUUAUGAAAAGGUCUCAUCCUUUUCCAACAACACAUAUGCAAAAGCAAAAGAAAAACCCAAGACCUCACUUUAUGCUGUUUGUUGUUUGAUAGAUUUAUUAAAAAGAAAAGAGAAAGUCGAUAGCUAUAAAUCUUUAAAGGAAUAUGAUGAAUACAAUCCCCCCAACCUUCCCUCAAAAGAGAAUCCAGUCUACAGCCAUUUGAAAUGAUCGUUGCUGCUACAGAAGUGCUUUAAGAGAAUUGCCUGGAACAUCUGUAUUAUCCCGGCCACCUGCCAAUCACAGCUUUACUCUUUCAGGUCACUCUGGGGCUGCCUCUUGCAUGUAUUAAUUACUAAAUAGAAGGAUCUUUCUCUCUUUUCUAAGAAAAAUGAUGUGCACUUUGAUUACACAACCUUCUCUAACCCACGAUAUCAAGACCCAGAAACUGAAGAAAAAUCUUGUUUUCUCAUGCAUACAGUGAGCAGACUUUUCAUUCCUCUGGUUCUGUGGUUGUCUCGGUGUGCUAGCCUACACCUCCACCUUGUUUAGCUUUCCUUUUCUAGAACACUCUGAAUUGCUAACCUUACUAACACCUAUGAUGUUACCUGAAUCAAUCUCCCAUAUGUAUGCUGUAUGCUAUUAUAAGACUCCUGAGAUAUACUUACUCUGUGCUUGUGUAUGUGAAUGUUAAUGCAACUAUUACCUAGAGUGAACUUUAAGCUUUAUUGUUGAAUGUAAGCCCAUUAUAUUUCCUUUUGUACACCUGUGGAAAAGUGGAAUAGUGUUUUUUUUAAAACCAUUGUUAAUCAGCUUUUGUGUAUGAAAGACACAGUAAAAUUUCUUUCUUAAAUCAAGAUGCUGGUGAUUCAAGGAAUUUUAUUUAUGGUCAGCCAAGGGCUGUCUCUUGCCAAGAAUCCUGCUGGCAAGGGAAAAUGGAUAAAGCUGGUUUUUUUUUUUCCUAGUAAGAAUUCUGGAAUAAAUACUGAAGAAAGUCCCUGAGGGUAUGCAAGCACAAAAUUGUACCAAUCUGACCUCUUUGAAUUUGCAGACUGCUUUGAAAUGCUAUCCGGAAUAUCAGCUUGUAGAAAGUAAUAAAAUUUACUGUUACCAUAAAUAAGACAUUUUAAGUUUAUUGUGCACAACUUAGAUGUUUGAUUAAUUAUAUUAUCUACUUAAAAGCAUAUAAAAGAGGUAGGAGUCUGUUUUAAAAGGCAUAAAAAAUCUCAAAAAAAAAAAACCUGUCUUGUCUACUUUUAGCUUCAUUCUCCCAUAUUUUGAAGGGUGUGUAACUUCAGCUCUGCAGGAUUGCAUGGGGUAAAACUCGUUGACAGCGCAUGUGAACCAUUGCUACAUUGUAGGUUGUGAUCAUUUUGCCCCACUGAAGCCCAUGUAACUGACCUUACGUGCCUUUUGAACUAGGAGAAUCGGGCUAUAAUUUAUUAAUGAUGAUAAUGAUAAUGUAUAUGUACAGCACUUUUUAACCUUACAAAGUGCUUUCCAAUUCGUGUUAGUUAUUAGUUAUUACAGCUGUAAGGAUAAAACACGUCAUGUGGAUUCAUUUUUAAUUGGUGCUAUUGGUAUUUCCUCUGUUCUUGCUAAUAAAUGGAAAUGGUGGUGU